UUCUAAACUCUUUUCUUCACCUCUCGCUAAUCACAAACCCUCACUGUUACGCACACCAGCUAGCUAACGUGUAGAAUUGAAUUUCUGGUGUCAGAGAUUUUCCCAUUCCGAUUCAAUCGAGCGAACUGGUACUAAAACCCUAAACCUAACCCUAGCUCGAUGCAAUGAUUGAACCUUACAACAAGUUGGUUAAACUAGCAGCAAGGGCUUUCUAUGAUGAUCUUACCAGCAAAGGAGAUAAUCAACCCAAAUCAGGAAGAAGUGAUAACAGAGGAAUAGCUGUUGUCGUUCUUGAUGCACUCACAAGACGACAAUGGGUUAGAGAAGAGGACUUGGCAAAGGACCUCAAGUUGCAUACUAAACAACUUCGUCGAACUCUGCGGUUCUUUGAAGAAGAAAAGAUUAUUACUCGAGAUCAUAGGAGAGAGACAGCAAAAGGUGCAAAAAUUUAUAGUGCUGCUGUAGCUGCUACAGCUGACAGUCAACAGACAGGAAAAGAGGGAGAAGAAAAGGUCAAACUGCACACACACUCUUACUGCUGUUUAGAUUAUGCACAGAUAUAUGAUGUGACUAGGUACAGACUGCAUCGCAUGAAGCAUAAACUGAAAGAUGAAUUGGAUAACAAAAAUACACUUCAGGAGUACAUAUGUCCAAACUGUGCAAAAAGAUACAAUGCUUUGGAUGCACUGCGGUUAAUAUCUUUCGAAGAUGAGGACUUCCAUUGUGAAAGUUGUAAUGGGAAACUAGAGGUUGAAAGUGAUAAAAUAGCUGCUCAAGAAGGUGGAGAUGUGGAUGAUAAUGCAAGAAGACGACGGCAUGAAAAGUUAAAGGACAUGCUUCAAAAAAUGGAGGUACAACUCAAGCCUUUAAUGGACCAACUCAGUCGGGUAAAAGACUUGCCUGUUCCAGAAUUUGGCAGUCUUCAAGCAUGGGAAGCUCGAGCUAGUGCGGCAGCGCGUGCUGCUAAUGGAGAUAUCAAUGGUGGUGAUUCUAAAAAUUCUCAGCUGGGAUAUAAUGGAGCUCCAAUGCCUUACAGCGGAGAUACUAAGGUUGUAGUUGACUUCAAUGGUACCGAAGUCAAAGGAGAGGGUGUUAAGUCUGAAGCUGAUACAUCUUUAAAGGUUUUACCUCCAUGGAUGAUUACGUCUGGGAUGAAUCUUACAAAGGAACAACGUGGAGAGGUGAAGCAGGAAAUGAAGAUGGACGGUACUUCAACUUCAACAGCCGCACAGUACACGGAUGACAAGAAAUCAUCAAUUGGGCAUGAUGAUAAUAAGAAUAUACAGGAUGAGUAUAUUAAGGCUUAUUAUGCUGCUUUGCUUAAGCAGCAAGAAGAAGUUGCAAAAAAUCAACAAUCAGUAGAUACACAAGCUGCAGAUGAUCCUUCUAGCAGUACUUUCGGUCGCCAGGUUGGCAUGAAAUCAAAACGUGAGGAAGAUGACGAUGGUACUGAGAGGGAAGAGGCUCCGCUGGGAGGCAAUGGAAAUGUAGGAUACAAGGUGGAUUUGAAUGUUGAAGCUGAUGAUGUUCCAGCAGAUGAUGACGAUGAAGAUGAUGACGUUGACUGGGAGGAAGGUUGAUGAAAAAAAUAAAUCACCUGGUCAAUGUGAAUGCAAGGGCUUAUUCUGAUCUGCUGCAAGGGCACGUGUUAUUAUGAUAAUAAUAAUAAUAAUACAGCUUCAAAUUAUGUAUCACAAGAACAGAGUUCAUUGCUCAUUGUAUUAUUGUUUGUGCAUGUUGCUGUUGUGAUAGGUUCAUGGGAUGAGAGGAAGUGCGCAGUUGACUUCUUAACUUAUUGAUGUAUUAUGUAUGUUUGGAUUUCAGUUGACUUAACUUAUUGAUGUAUUAUGUAUGUUUGGAUUUCUGUUGAUCUCAACGGUGACAUGUCAAACAUGUCAAAAUCUUGCUUCUAGGUUUGAGUCAACACAAACAGGGACCCAAACACACAUAAUCAUCUGCUUUCGUCAUAUAUUGGAUGAUCAACAACUCUACUAUGAAAAUUUGUAUGUUAUGAAUGUCAAAGAAUAGUAAUUGCUUAAAUCAACAUACCAAUGGAUACAUGGAUUUUUGAA